AUGAUCAUUUCGACGGCCGUAGUGGCCUUGUCACUCUUCAUUGUUUACCACUCCAUAUAUCGUACACUGUGCAUCGGUCCUCUGCAGAAAGUUCCAGGCCCAAAGUUAUACGCAAUAACAAAGUGGCGGCUUGCCCUUGACGACUAUAAUGGAGUCAGAACACGAUCAAUUCACUCUCUACAUCAGAAGUACGGCACCGCAGUACGAAUUAGUCCGAAUGAAGUAUCAUUCUCAUCUCUUUCUGCCCUGAGGACAAUCUACGGUGCUGGAUCGGGCUUUGAGAGAACAGACUUUUACCGAAUGUUUGACGUCUACGGCCGUCAAAAUCUAUUUACAUUUGCUGGUGUUAAGCAGCAUGCUGACAGGAAGAAAUUGUUGGCUCACGCCUACUCAAAAAGUGCAAUACUGUCACCGAAUGCAAUUGCAAAGCCGCUUAUUGAAAAAAAUGUCAACAGCUAUUUGGAAUUGCUGGAGCACGAAAAGGGUGUGACAGAGGAGAUAUUCCAAAGUCUUCACUGGUUUAGUCUUGACAGCAUUACUGGAUUUCUUUACGGCAAUCAACACGGAGGAACGCAUGCACUAAAAGGAGAUUCCAGAGAUAGAGAACUUCUCAACGAUGUAAUCGACCCUAGCCGGAGAUUGUUGAGUUGGUAUGCUGUCCAUCUCAAAAAUUACACCAAGUGGCUCUAUACGAGGACUGGGUUGAUGGAGAAGAUUGUCAUAAACCUGGGGUUAUUGCCCAUGAAGAAACCCGCAACGUAUACCGGGAUUAGAGCACAUGCGUUGAAGUCGUGGAAUAGUUUCGAGGCUUCUGUCGCUAGAAGCCCCCCAAUCAGAGACAUGUCUAUCAUGGAAAAAUUAUGGCGACAUAGUACAUCCAGAAAAGGCCCCCUGCUUGAUGGCCUUGAUAUUGCGUCAGAAGCAGCAGAUCAUUUUCUGGCUGGCAUCGAUACUACAAGUGAUACACUAAUGUUCACGAUAUGGGCGCUCUCCCGUCCAGAGAAUCGGAUAUAUCAAGAGAAGCUCAUACAGGAGGUCAACAACAUCCCUGAAAUGGACUGCAAUGCAGAUGGUAAUCCUACCACAGAGGCCGCAGAUAAGUUGCCUUAUCUUGAUGCUAUUAUCAAGGAGGCUCUUCGGCUGUAUGCUCCGUUACCAGCUUCAGAGCCACGACUAUCUCCUGUUGAUACUAAAAUUGACGGCUAUCUGAUCCCAGCUGGGACGGUGGUAAGCAUGUCACCAUACACCCUUCACCGAAAUCCGGAGGUAUUUCCAGAGCCGUUGAGAUUUAAUCCGGAACGAUGGCUCGGUGGCAAUGGCGAUUGUGCGGAGAUGAAGAAGUGGUUCUGGGCUUUCUCAAGUGGAGGUCGUAUGUGCAUUGGACUACAUCUCGCAAUGGCAGAAAUGACCACCUUACUGGCUGCUAUCUACAGAAAAUACACGACAAGUGGGUACGACCGACAAAAAAGGGUGAGUCCAGGAAUUACUAGUCGGUUUGAAGCGUUCUAUGACGAGAGUCUUCCCAAGUAUGAGGUGAGUGAAUAUGCAUUCUUCGCUUAG